UCAUUUCCUCUGGGAGUAAAAGCGGCCAAUUAGGUCAUUUAGUUUGUGUUAUUUGACUUAGUAAAUCUGUUAUUUUCUGUUAGUUAGUGUAAUUAUGUAGACAUGUUGUGUUUUCUUUCUCUGUGUGAAAAUGAUUUGACUUUGUGCAUAUAUUCAUCUGUGUUGUUCAGUUCUCACGGCUAAUCAAAGUCAAUCAAGUUGUGUGAUUAAAGCCCGUAAAAUUCCCAUGAUAUAGCCUCUUGAAGUGGAACCUUCUCAAUCUUUCUACUGCUGAUUUCCUUCACUUGACCUCUUCGGUAAAUAAAUUGUAGAAGGCCAUGAAUAUAUGAAUCAGUGUCCAGAGAAUGGGCCACCUGCAGUUGGAUGGCUCGGCAGUUCAGACAUGUGAAAAGGAACCAAAUGCCUUUUUCACUUUACCUUUGGUGGGCCCGAAGUAGGGCCCGAAGGUCAGACAUUAUCUGCUCCCUUAUUUUACCACGCUGACUAAGGCAAACAUGACAUUGCUGAAUUAUGGCUCUCGCCUAAGAGUUGGCUUUCAGAAUCCAAUAGUGACGUCAAAGCCUGGACAGCAUGCGAUUUCUCUCGACAUGUCCGGUCAACGCAUGAGUGAAUAUGAGCCUAGACACAUGUCCACUUUUGGGCAGGACUGAUGGAUGCUUCACCUCUUCUGGCAAUGCAGAUCUGCUUAGUCUUACUCCUAUCCUCAGCACACCAUUGACAAGCACAGGGUCAGGUCUGUCAAUUCAGCUGCACUUUUUGACUGUUGUUCCUGUAUUUAGUGCAGUUAUCUCAUCAUCAAAGCUGUGGGUCUGUUCAAAGCGCACCACAGCUUCUGCACAGGCCAUGUUUUCAACGGUUUGGCUUUGAAUGGUCAGCUUGUCUUUUCACUUUUUUGUUUUGUCACUAUGAUCCACCUGUGCCCGAACUGACUUUUGCCCUCUGGCUCUUUCCUGGCACAAGGACUGAAGCUUUCUAAGGGGCCGUUUACAUGGUGAGGCUGUGACACCCAAGACGCAACAAUAGUGUUGCAGAAUGGCCUCGCCUUUAUAUGAUGACAGUGAAAACUUCUUCAUCCUUUGUGCUUUGUUACUAUGAUCCAUCUGUACCCAAGCUGACUUUAGCACUCUGGCUCUUUCCUUGCACAACUGAAGGAGCUUUCUAAGGGCCCGUUUACAUUGUGACGCUGCGACACCAAGACGCAACAAUUGUGUUGCAUAAUGGCCUCGCCUUUAUAUGGUGACAGCGAAAACGGAACGCCAAGAUGCAAACCUUUGAUUCCGGGCUCCAAAGUGAAAAGAUUCGAUUGCACGCCUUGCUCCGCAACCAAGCUCUCGUGCCGAUGACCCAAAACACCGUACGCUGCCAUAGCUGGGCGCAGUAGGGGUGCAAGACCGAGGUAUUCCAACCCUUAUCUCGGACUUAUAGUCGGCCAGCCUACCCGACACUUAGUGCCGCUUAACCGGACCCCGCUGCUCCCCCUGAUGGAUCACGGUCGAAGUCACUCUGGAUUUCCAGAGGAACCUGGUCCGAUUGAGGCUGCUUGCACUGAUAGUUUCCAAAGCAUUGUCCUACCUGCUGCUAAGGAGAUCGACAAGAGAAUUGAUGAAAUGUUCAAGCGUGGCAAAGAAGAUGAGAGCGAACCAUUUUUUGGACCAAUGUGUCAGCUGGAGAGUGACAUCAGGCCUAUGAUCGAGGCUGAAGUCAGACGUCUGAUCCAUUUCACAAAAAAGAAUAGACUCGCCUCUUCAGUGUCAGCUAAUUUGCUUCACACAGAUGGUUUUCUGCAGCAUAUUCGACAGUAUAUAAAGUCUAUUGUCGAAGUCAUUGUCGAAGAUGAGCGGAAGAAGCAGGAGGCACAUCAGGCCUACUUGGGAAGGAAAGAGGAACUCCUUCAGCUCAUUCAGUGGGAAGAAUAUAAGCAGGCUAUGGAGACGGCUCUGUCAAGCAGCGACCGCAGGUUGGUCACUGCUGUGUGCAAGAAAUUAUUGGACGUGAACAUUUAUAACACCCAUCCCUGCCCCUGCCCAUUCGAGCCACUCUAUAUGCUGAUGAUCAUCGAAGAACUGUCAAAGAACCUCGUAACGGACAACAAUUCCCAGGACAGAGCCGACUGUGGGGGCGUUCCCGACGUCACACCUGCAGCUCAUCAACAACAGUAUAAAGACGCAGGCGAUCCACUGGAAGGACGCCGAGAUAUUGAUUCUUGCUGGUCGCCAUUUGACAUCCUUGCAUUUCGAGUAACUUGCUACUUUGGUAAUUUCGCACCCUCCGUGGGUUUUAGUCGCCAGUCGCUUUAGUUUUGUAUGCCUCUACCUUGUGCAGGUAUGUGAGUGUAUUUUAGUUGUUUUAUUGGCUCUGUCUAGCACCUUGGUUUACCCUCGCGUUUGUGUAUUGAUCCCCGUCGACCUCCUGUCACGGACCCGUUUUGUUAUUUCCCCUUUUUGCCGCGAAUGCGUGUUUUUGUUUUGUAUUUAAUAAACCCAUGUACGCUUCCUUCAGUCGUUUGUUGUCUGUUGUGAGGUCCAACCUUGUUUCCGCGUUCGCGGACCCUAACAGAAUAUCU